UUGCAUGGUUAAGGCUGCGUACAUUCACCCUUCCUGAUCUCAUAUUGACGGCCUCGUGCAAGAAUGAGGGUAUAUCAUAGUACUAUUAUAUCAAGCAGGAUUAAGGACGUUUUGCUCUAUAUCAAGCACUAUGUACUGUAGUCUACGGCUUUCAAGUCAACUCUCCUCAAUUCAUGUUUUUCUUCGAGUCUUUGAGUUUUUUUUGUUGUUGCAUAGUGUAAUUGCUGCAAUUAAAGAAGUAUGAGAAUCUUUAACAUGAAAACUAUAACAAAUCUAGAGGAAGGGUGAAACCACACAGAACUUAGUUGAGUUGUCUACUGAUUUGAAAUCAACCCGAGCAUGUAAUAACUGAGCUGAAUUAAACUGAAUAGCCCGAUUCAGUUUGGAUCGUCAGUUUUCUCAGAUUAGUUGCAUAGCUCUGCUAAAACUAGUUGGUUUCAGCUAUAUCAUCACCACUAGACAAACUAAGAGGCAACACGUCCUACAUUAUUAUUUCUGAUGAUUCUUUUUGUUUUCCUCUGAAUUUUCCUUGUAUUACUAACCUAAGUAGACUGACCUUUCUUAACCAGUGUGUUUAAAUCUCAUUUCAACAUGUUUCAGCAACCUUAAACAGUUUCCUCUUGGUUUAUCUCUGAUAGGAACUAUCCUGAUCAUUCACAAAUGCAAACAUAUCUUAUUCUCUUAUUUCCCAUGAGUCACCCAUGGAUUUUGACAUUUUUUAUGCUAUAUUGAUAAUCAAAUAGACAAACGUUAUACACCAUUUAAGUUGCUUAUAUUUUUAUCUUCUUAAAUCUUGAUGAAUGUAUUAGUUUUAAACCAUAUAUGUUUUCUUAUUUGUAUAUUUCUUGUGAUUUAAUUCAUCUUCAAUGCCAUCAAGGACUUCUAACAGGAUGUGUUCAACUCCGAACAUGUGUAUACAUAUAUGUUUAUGUGCACGGAUAAGAGAGUAAUAAUAAAAAAUAAUAGUUUUGCCAACUAUUGGUAGAUUGAUAUCGAAGAAGUUGAAGACUGAAGAGAAAAACAUGUGAAGAACAAUAAGAAAUGAGAGUAUGCAAGUGUUUCUGUUCCAAUUAUAGAUUCUAUAAUGAGAAAAAUGAAGAAAACAAAAGAAAGCAUCUUCUCAUGGAUUUCAUCUUCCUGGCUUUUAUUAUCUUCGAAUAUUUUCACAAAGUAGCAAUUCUUUUAAAUGUAUAUAUUGUAUAAGCUUAAUAAACAUUGUUUUAUGUACUUGGAUUUUAUAUGAAGCACAUUUUAGUUAGAAUUGUUUGAUGCAGUUAACUGUUGCUUAGAGUAUUUCUCAAUAAAGUAUGUUAUUUCCUAUUGUAGGCGUAAGUUAAUUGUCAUGGGCCUUCCAAUUCUUUCUGUUGAUAGUGGAAGUCGUCCUGCUACAUCACCAGAUGUAUUCAGAAGUAAAUUGUCUAAAUCUACAAUGGAUCCAUGGAACCCAUUUGCUUCAGUCACCAUGGGAGAGGAACCAUUUAACUUUUUACGUGCAUUAUGUGAUGGUGUUAUAGCUGGAGCUACUGCUGGAGUUGUUGUUGAAACAGUUCUAUAUCCAAUAGAUACUAUAAAAACUCGGCUGCAGGCUGCUCGUGGUGUAAGCAAAAUCCAUUGGAAAGGCUUGUACUCUGGAUUGGCUGGAAAUCUUGCAGGAGUGUUGCCGGCCUCUGGCAUAUUUGUGGGUAUAUAUGAACCUACCAAACAAAAAUUACUAAAGGUGUUUCCAGAGAAUCUCAGUGCUUUUGCACAUUUGACUGCAGGUGCUGUUGGAGGAGUUGCUGCUUCUCUUAUUCGUGUUCCAACAGAGGUAGUCAAACAAAGGAUGCAGACUGGGCAAUUUACCUCUGCACCUAAUGCUGUUCGCCUUAUUGUUGCUAAAGAAGGGAUCAGAGGUCUUUAUGCUGGAUACAGUUCUUUUCUGUUACGAGAUCUACCAUUUGAUGCAAUUCAAUUUUGUAUAUAUGAGCAGCUUCGAAUUGGAUAUAAAAUUGCGGCUCAGAGGGAGUUGAGUGAUCCAGAGAAUGCUAUAAUUGGUGCUUUUGCUGGUGCAUUGACUGGGGCUAUAACUACACCACUUGAUGUACUGAAAACAAGAUUAAUGGUUCAGGGUUCGGCAAACCAAUACAAGGGGGUAAUUAGUUGUGCUCAGACGAUUUUGAAAGAAGAAGGUCCUGCUGCUUUCUUUAAGGGUAUUGGGCCAAGAGUGUUAUGGAUCGGUAUUGGUGGUUCGAUCUUCUUUGGUGUUUUAGAGAGGUCAAAACUGGUGCUCUCUCAGAGACAUUUUGAUCAGGUUCUGAAACCCUAGGCUACUGCACAACGACAAUGCUGAGAGGAAGUUAUAUCUUGAGCAACCACAUUAGGAGGGUGAUCAGAAAUUUUCUUUCUAGGCAAUGAUCAGCAGCGGUGGUUCUUUUUGCCAUCCAAAUUGUAUUUUUGGUCAUCUAAAGCAUAAUGGCACUAUAUGGUGCUUUGUUUUUGUGAUUAUUACCCAUCUUCCUUAUUUGACACUUUUGGCACUCAUGUUAUGCAAAUCAAAGCUCAAGACCUUUGCAGUGGCAUUAUGGGGUGAGCUUAACCAUGUGCUUCUCAGAUUGACCAUGACAGCAGUUGUUUGCAUGUCAAGAGGUACAAAUGAGACCUUGGCCAUAUUUACUGGUUGA